AUUAUGCAUGUUGAACUGUCAUUCUUGUAACAGCGAUCAACAAAAUCGAACACAAACAGUACGAAUCAGAGUUAGAGGAACUUGAAUUACCGAAUUUGCUUCCAUAUGUCAUUUGACAUGUGGUGAAAUAUAUGUGAGGUUACGUUUAUUUUUAAUUUUGUUUUGGUGGAUGAAAAAUAGAAUAAAAAUCAAGAAUUAAUUAUAUUGGCGUUAACAAUGGGCAAAUCAAAAACGACAAACAUUGUAAAAAUGGAAGAUCUUUUAAAAGAAACUUCAGAAACGAAAAUGGAAGAAAAUGAACAGGUUUUAUUAAAAAAAUCAUCAAAAGAUAAUCCAUCUUUGGUUCCAAGAGGAAAACCAAAAUCUGGUAAAAUUUGGAAAUCUGAGAGAAAAAAAUUCAGCUCUAUAAUAAAAACCAAAGGCAUUCGCAACUCUUUAGAACGAAAACAAGCUUUGAGGGAAAAGCUAAAAAAUAUAAAAGAAAUGUCAAACAGUAUAAAAGCUGCCAAGAAGGAAGAAAGCGAAUUGAAAAAACAAAGGAGAAGAGACAAUUUAAAAAAACAAGAAGAAAAUCGACUUAAAUCUGAGGUGGUUCAAGUUAUUACGAAUACUAAGAAAUUGAAGAAGAUAAAAAAGAAACAUUUGAGGAGCAUCGAGAAAAGGGAUACGACGGUUGUUUCAAAAUAA